UAAUCGGAUUUCUGAUGGGUCCCCCGACCUGGUACAGCACUUCUUGGUCAAUAUUGUGGUACUUUGUCAGCUGAGUAAUUUUGUGGUCGACUGCCCCCACAUACAGUACUUGCGUUUUGUUUAUUAUUUUGGUCGUAGUCUGGAGUUGUUUUGAAUCAUCUUUGCAAACCUGGAUUGAAUGUUGACUUAUCUGGCUUUCAUUUGAAUAAUGAUUUGCACUCCAGUCAAUUGUUAUGCCUGUGAUCAAAUGUUGGAGGGUAGUGCUGUGCUGACCUACAUUUGCAUGGCUGAGUCGGUCGCUCGAUGUUUUCAGAAUCGGUAUUCAAUUCAUCAGGUCUGGCUCGCCGUGACAAACCUAAUGGGAGUUUUCCAACCUACGUCCCAUCGAAGCAAAGUGUUUUGACCAAGAAAAAGACGCUUUAUUCCUUUAAAAUGUACCACUUGUUGGUGCCACGUAGUUUAUGUGUCAAUUCAAUACUUUUGCCCACGCGUGUGUCCGCUCUGCGGAUCGCAAAAGCUGCUGCGCGAGCUAGGCCGCGCAGCCUGCCAAAUGUUUUGAACCAAAGACGAUGCUACGUGAGCGGCGCCACCCCAACCUUGUCACAAAACUUUACACGGUUUUCCUUGGUGUGGGUCAGCGGGAUCGGUGUGGGUCUUGCCGUGGUCUUUGGACUGAAAUAUCACGCGAGGGAAAACAACGGUUUGUGUGACAAUACAGCGACGGAACCACCGAAUCGUCGAUACGAGGCUGCAAUCAAAUCGAGCCGAAUCUUGGUGGAACGGAUCCAGGUAGGCGCCCAGACUGAGUUUGGAGCUCCCGGCGUGGUGGUGGGGGUGUCGGUAGAUGGAGUUACUGUCUGGUGUGAAGGGAUCGGUUAUGCCGAUUUGGAGAAUCGUGUUCCGUGUGGCCCGGAAACUGUGAUGAGAAUUGCCAGCAUCAGUAAGUCCUUGACGUCUGCAGUUUCUGCGCGCCUCCGUGAGGAAGGGAAACUUGAUCUCGAUGCGCCCGUCCAGAAAUAUGUACCAGAGUUUCCACAAAAACAGUUUGAUGGUCAGAAUGUCACAAUAACCCCUCGCAUGAUUCUCUCACACCUCAGUGGUAUACGGCAUUACGAGAAGGACGCCACUAAAGUGAGGGAGGACAUGGAGAAAGCCAAGCGACUUUUGAAGUCGGUGACGGAGAAAAUGGAGGAUAAGAGCUUGUGUGAAAAUAAAGGUGAGCCCACUAAAGAGCAGAGCGCCCAAUCCAAAGAGGCUUCGUGUGGAAAGCAGAAAAAAGAGUUUGACCACGAAGAAUACUAUUUGACGGACAAUUUUGAAAGUGUCACUCAGGCGUUGGACCUCUUUAAGGACGACCCGCUCAUUUUUAAACCAGGCACAACAUUCUUGUACUCCACCCAUGCCUACACCCUCCUCAGUGCUAUCAUCGAGCAGGCUGCUGGCCAGCGCUUCCUGGAUGUCAUGGCCAACCUCUUCCGGGAACUUGGAAUGUUCAGUACUGUGCCAGAUCAAAACGAACCCGUCAUUUACCAUCGCUCCAGAUAUUACCGUCUGAACAAGCGAGGUCGGGUGGUCAACUGCCCGUACGUGGACAACUCGUACAAGUGGGCAGGCGGCGGCUUCCUUUCCACGGUGGGGGAUCUGCUGCUGUUUGGUAAUGUUUUGCUCUACAGCUACCAGAUGGCCCACGUUAAGGAAACUGAAGGGUUGCUGCCCGGCUUCCUCAAACCCCAAACCGCUGUGGAACUCUGGACGCCGGCGGACAAAACGGAGGUCAACUGGGACAAGGACGUAUGGUACGGCCAAGGCUGGCUGGUAGUGGAGAAAGAGCAGAAAUGUGGGCAGUGCAGGAAGCGCAGGCACUACGUUUCGCACACAGGGAGCGCUGUGGGGGCCAGCAGUGUCCUGUUGGUGUUGCCCAGUGAGGAAAUCGGGCAGAAGACCCUCCCGCAGGGAGUGGUGGUCAGCAUUCUCACCAACAUGCAUUCUGUGAGACUCAACAGCACAGCCCUGAAAAUUGCACACGAGUUUGACGAAGCCAAAAGCGCGUAAAAUGUUUCCAGAAAAUGUGACUGCUUUAAAUUUUUAUAUAGCUUUAAGAGUUUGCUGUUGUUUACCGAUGUAUUUUUGUCGGAAAUUUUGAAAAAAAUUCUUGCACUAGACAGUGAUACCUCGCAGUUUUUAAUACGAGGGAUGUGACAAGCAGAAGUCAAAGUAAUCAUGAUUCCAGGCCUCAUAGAACAAAUAUUUCUUAAUGUUCAAUGAAAAGCAACCAUUAUCAAAAUGGAUUAGUUCCUCAAUUAUUUUUAAUGAACUUGUUUUGGCCAAAGAUUUUUCGACUAGCCCUUCCCUAAUGAGUGCGAAUGACCAUUUCACAUUUGAUGAACUUUUAUUAUUCCGACUCAUGAUCAAAGAGCUCAAAGACACACGGCCAAUAAUGCAGUCCGACCACAAAAAUGGAGCCCAACCAGUUUUUGUAAUGCUCUUUGGAAAGUGCUUGAACUGAAGCAGUUGUUGCCUUCUUCAUUUUCAGCAUAUAAUUAUGCGCGUUGAGGUCGUCUUUUUGGUAUUAUGUGGGUUGGACCAAUGGACAGUGUUUUAUAAUAUUGUUUCAAGUGUAAAGUUUUGAGGAAACAUGAAAAAUGUUUCGAAUUCUCUCCACUAGAUGGUGCUCACCCCUAAAAAUGGCAGCAUCGAUGGAAGGGAUGUAUUCCGUUAAUACCACAAAAAAAAGUGUUAUGUAGAAGGGAAACUGUUGUGUUUUGCUUUGGCGAUUUUCAGCGUGUAUUUAAUUGCCGUUUUGACAUUUUUAUUGUAUCAAUUAACCUUCUGUCACAGUGGUGCAACUUUGAGUGUAACAAAUGGAAUUUGAAAGGUGUGCUUUGGUUUGGCUCCCCCCCCCCAAAAAAAAAAUCACACCAUGGUCAUAUGAUUUCACAUUGCUUGUAUUUACAGAAUCACAGCCAUUGAACCAUCAACUGAAA